GCGGGCAGGGCGGGGGGUGUGUGCACGCUCGAGCUUUCGGGCCACAGCCACCGCCGCGCGAGCUAGAAGCGCCCUAGCCCGGCAAGCUGGCUCACCCGCUGGCCACCCAGCACAGCCCGCUGGCCCCUCUCCUGCAGCCCAUCUGGCGGAGCGGCGGCGGCGGUGGCGGAGGCAGGAGGAUGGCUUCAGAACUGGCAAUGAACAAUUCCGACCUGCCCACCAGUCCCCUGGCCAUGGAAUAUGUUAAUGACUUCGAUCUGAUGAAGUUUGAAGUGAAAAAGGAACCGGUGGAGACCGACCGCAUCAUCAGCCAGUGCGGCCGUCUCAUCGCCGGGGGCUCGCUGUCCUCCACCCCCAUGAGCACGCCCUGCAGCUCGGUGCCCCCGUCCCCGAGCUUCUCAGCGCCCAGCCCGGGCUCGGGCAGCGAACAGAAGGCGCACCUGGAAGACUACUACUGGAUGACCGGCUACCCGCAGCAGCUCAACCCGGAGGCGCUGGGCUUCAGCCCGGAGGACGCGGUCGAGGCUCUCAUCAGCAACAGCCACCAGCUCCAGGGUGGCUUCGAUGGCUAUGCGCGGGGAGCGCAGCAGCUGGCCGCGGCAGCGGGAGCCGGCGCCGGCGCCUCCCUGGGCGGCAGCGGCGAGGAGAUGGGCCCCGCCGCCGCCGUGGUGUCCGCCGUGAUCGCCGCGGCCGCCGCGCAGAGCGGCGCGGCACCACACUACCAUCAUCACCACCACCACGCCGCGGGGCAUCACCACCACCCGACGGCCGGCGCCCCGGGAGCGGCGGGCAGCGCGUCCGCCUCUGCGAGCGGCGCGGGUGGCGCGGGCGGCGGUGGCCCGGCCAGUGCCGGGGGCGGCGGCGGCGGAGGCGGCGGCGGGGGCACGGCGGGGGCGGGGGGCGCCCUGCACCCGCACCAUGCCGCGGGUGGCCUGCACUUCGAUGACCGCUUCUCGGACGAGCAGUUGGUGACCAUGUCGGUGCGCGAGCUGAACCGGCAGCUGCGCGGGGUCAGCAAGGAGGAGGUGAUCCGACUGAAGCAGAAGAGGCGGACCCUGAAAAACCGCGGCUAUGCCCAGUCCUGCCGCUUCAAGAGGGUGCAGCAGAGACACGUCCUGGAGUCGGAGAAGAACCAGCUGCUGCAGCAGGUCGACCACCUCAAGCAGGAGAUCUCCAGGCUGGUGCGCGAAAGGGACGCCUACAAGGAGAAAUACGAGAAGUUGGUGAGCAGCGGGUUCCGAGAAAACGGCUCGAGCAGCGACAACCCUUCCUCUCCCGAAUUUUUCAUGUACCCAAGGGACUCCUCUACAUCUGUGAUGUGAGAAAAGCAGUUCUCCGAAGCUGAACAGAGAAGACACUCUGCUUAUUCGCUCCUUGCUGCGUGCACCCAAGCAAGGUUUUAUUUUCUGAAAUUGGAAACUAUUUUUUUACAAAGGUACCUUGGACAAACUUGCACCCAGGAUGUCAGUGCAUGUGACCAGCAUCUUGGAUACUGGAGCGCCUGAAUAGGGGCUUGUCUGAAGCAUGCCCUUUUCAAAGAAGAAGAAAAUGUACAGAAGGGGCCCUCAAUGAGUACCCUGGCAUGCGUGGAGAUGGACCGUCAUGCUCUAGGACAUUAUUCUUUCGAGCAGACACUGUAUGAUGUAACUUAAGACAUUUCACUUUGAACUGCUUUAGCUACAGAGAUUAUGAGACUUUUUAAAAAAUGCAUACUUCAAGGACGAUUGGUAUUUAACGUCUGUUAUGGCCACAUGGAGGCCAUACCUGUUUGUCGGAGUUAGAAUUAACAUCCAUGCACUCGAACAUCCCACUCAGCCAGUUACAAAGUUGAUCUGUGGGAUGAGAACCUGCUGAGGAGCAGAAGUCUCCCAGGAGCCAGAACCUAUGUCAUCUUCAGUCCUUGAUACAAGUCUAGGAGUAGAUAUUUUAAUCCUAUAAAGAUGUGGAGAGUACUGGUCACAAAGGAAUUUAGGUGCCAUGUAACCCUUCACUACAAUUUUGCUUUGCUACCUACCAUGCUACUUCCUCCCUGUCAGUCAGUCUGUCUGCAGCCUUUCUGGGCCACAUACUCUAGCUCUUAGCCUCAAUUUGUGCUGUAAGUGCCCAGGUGCCCUCCCAAUGGCCUCUUUUCCCGAGCAGGGAUGAGUGUGACUCAGAAGACACAUAAUGCGAUUCCUAUCUGGAGGUCUAGAAGACCAAUGGCUUCUUGUGGUCUUGACCCCCAAGGACCCUUGGAAGUCUCCGAACAAACGAUGAUUCCGUACUUUUUGAUUUUGGUAGGCAAUGGAAAAGGCUUCCCACUCAAAAGAUAAUGACUGUCGUCCCAGCCGCAGUUUAGAAAGUAACUGAUGACACAUCUCCUUAAAAUUCCAUAAUGUGUAAAGAGUCACUCAGCAAAUUGCUGGGCAGUGAAGAUAAAUCGCUGUUGGUAAAUCUCUCCAGCAAAAGCCCUGUUGAAUAAAAGUUGUCAGCGAAAUCUGGUACUACAAAGAAUACAAUUUCCACAUCUCAGGAUGGGAAUUGUCCCUCAAAGGGGAGCAUAAAGGAUUAAAUAUGGUAAUAUAUGUAAAGCACUUGGAUUAAAUAUGUUAAUAUAUGUAAAACACCUGCACUGGGUAAACACCCCCACCAUGUUCAGCCAUGGACAGUGUUACAUGGGAUGAAAUUGUGACCUUGACACUUAACAAGCCUUGGUUUACGUUAGAAUAACCUUGUGAUUACAGUAUUCCGCUCCCCCACCCCCAGACCAUUCAUUUUAAAAUAAAUGUUUUCAAAAAUCAGAAAACUGAGGUUGGUAUAGCUUAUGGCUAUUCAUAUAUAUAUAUAUAUAUAUAUAUAUAUAUAUAUAUAUUCCAUCACC